AUGGCCCGGUCAGAUACCAGCAAGCUCAAGCCUUUGGUUCUGCAUGCGCACGAAUCAGGGCCUAACCCUUACAAAGUCGCCAUUCUGUUGGAGUUGCUCUCCAUUCCUUAUCAAGUCAAGCUUUGGGAGUUCGGAGACGGCCCCAAAGGUGUUAAAGGGCCGGCAUUCUUAGCCAUCAACGAGAACGGCCGUGUCCCAGCUCUCGAGGAUCCGAACACCGGUGUGAACUCGUGGGAAUCUGGCGCCGUAAUCAGCUAUCUCUUGCGCUUGUACGAUAAGGAGAAUUCGUUCGGACCCCGCGGCACGUCUGAGCAGGACCGAGUGGAUUUCGAGAAAUGGAUCCUCUUCCUUCUUACAGGUCUCGGUCCCAUGUCAGGCCAGGUGAACUGGUACCGCCACUACAACGAGAGCAAAAACGAGGAUGCAUUGCAGCGUUACGUCGGGCAGGUUUACAGAUCGUAUGACGUGCUUGAGGCGCAAUUGAAGAAGAGUGGUGGGAAGAGUGUUUUGAAAGGAGGUUUUAGCGCCGUCGACGUUCACUUCUAUCCCUGGGUGUGGGAGUACGAGUACGGUGGGUUGAGUCUGGAGAGAUAUCCACUGAUCAGAAAGUGGAUGGAUAUUGUGGGUGGUUUGGAGGAAGUGAAAGCUGUCUACAAGAAGAUGCCUGAGGCGAAUGCCGCGUAA